CUGCUCUUUUUUUUUUUUUUAAUUAAUUUCAGCACAGAAUUAUACCCAAUAUGUAGCAUAUCUCAGGCUAAGCAAGACCUUGAUGAGCAGACUGGCAAAAAGAAACACAAACGAUCUGCAGCUGAAGAUUAUAUUUCCCAUUAUGGCACACGUUUUGGCCCUGCAGAAAACGAAUUCGACUAUGGCUUGUGCAACGAAGUCAUUAAUGUGGCUUGCUCACCCAAACCUGAUGCCUUCAAUCCCUGUGAAGAUAUCAUGGGAUACAACGUUCUGAGAGUUCUGAUAUGGUUUAUCAACAUUUUAGCUAUCACUGGGAACACCACUGUCCUCAUUAUUUUAAUAAGCAGUCAAUACAAACUCACUGUACCUCGCUUUCUAAUGUGCAAUCUUGCAUUUGCAGAUCUCUGCAUAGGUAUCUAUCUGUUGUUUAUUGCAUCAGUAGAUAUCCAGACCAAAAGCCAGUAUUACAACUAUGCCAUAGACUGGCAAACUGGGGCAGGAUGCAAUGCUGCAGGAUUUUUUACUGUUUUUGCAAGUGAACUCUCAGUCUACACGCUGACUGUGAUAACUCUGGAAAGGUGGCAUACCAUUACCUAUGCCAUGCAACUCGACCGCAAGGUUCGACUUCGGCAUGCUGUGAUCAUAAUGAUUUUUGGCUGGAUGUUUGCUUUCACGGUGGCACUUCUUCCCAUAUUUGGCAUCAGCAGCUACAUGAAAGUCAGCAUCUGUUUGCCCAUGCAUAUAGAAACACCGUUUUCUCAGGCUUAUGUUAUAUUUCUUUUAGUGUUGAAUGUACUCGCUUUUGUGAUCAUCUGCAUCUGCUACAUCUGCAUCUACUUUACUGUGAGAAACCCCAAUGUUAUCUCUUCAAACAGUGACACCAAAAUUGCCAAGCGCAUGGCUAUAUUGAUCUUCACAGACUUCCUCUGCAUGGCACCAAUAUCUUUUUUUGCAAUAUCAGCUUCACUCAGGGUUCCCCUCAUCACGGUCUCCAAAUCUAAGAUCCUUCUGGUUUUGUUUUACCCUAUUAAUUCCUGUGCUAACCCUUUCCUCUAUGCCAUUUUCACAAAGACUUUUCGCAGGGAUUUCUUCAUUCUGUUGAGCAAGUUUGGUUGCUGUGAAAUGCAAGCCCAGAUUUACAGAACAGAGACUUCCUCAUCUGCUCAUAAUUUCCACACAAGAAAUGGCCAUUACCCUACCACAUCAAAAAACAGUGAUGGGACUAUUUAUUCACUGGUUCCUCUGAAUCACUUGAACUGAAAUGCUUGCAUGAAUUUGUGUCUGAAGCAGUGUGAUAAUCACUUUCAACUAUUUGAAUAAUGACUUCGACGUAGCAUGCAAACUUAUUUUUUAUGAGAAAACAUUUCUAUUUCCACUUUGCUUUUUUGUUCAUCAUCAGAGAUGACACAUCAUCUUCAUUACUUCUUGAAGGACAAAGAACGAAGCUGCAGUAUAUGUCAAAGUGUCCUUGUAGAAUUGUGUCCGGAAAUAAAUGAGCUUAUAAAUGCAUAUCUCCUACUAUACAGGCAGAGAUUGCCCUCAGCCUAGAAAGAUGUCAGCUGCUUACUGAGAAUGAAGUAAUGUUUAUACGUGGUCAAAAGGGAAAGAAAAAAAAAAGUGGAAUUAUUUUUGUUGCCUGUGAAACGUGUUGGAAGAAUGACAAAUAAAUAGCUUUUUUCAUUAACCGUAUCUUCUGAGAUUACAGGAGACAGAAGCCCAGUUUAAUGCCCUCCUACGACUGUGUUGAUUGAGACAGGUGGGCCCAAAGAAUCAGAUUUCAUAUGAAUUUCUAACAGUUUUGUUUAGCUUAAGUUUUGUUUCUAAGACAAGAGAGGAAGAAAAAGAGCAGAAGGAAUCCCUCAUAAUAAUCAUUUCUCAAUUUGAUUUAAUAAAGUUGGGUUAAAAUCUCUUUUGCAGGGCUGGAUCCCUUGAGUACAGCAAGGUGAGGCAAUGAGUACUCUUCAAGACUGUAAGAGGCAUUGCAGGUCUGUACCAUCCCCUUCAUGGGACACUGGUCCUGUUAUAGCUGCUUUCAAGGUAGCUGUUUGUGGCUGUUUCUUUUUUUGUUUGUUUUGUUUUGUUUUUAAUUGAAAAAGCAGUGUAAGAAAAAAAAUGCAAUAUGUAUUUUAUUCAUGCCUGCAAUGCCCAAAAAGCCUGUUGGUUUCUUCUCACCACUGAACAAUGUGUUUUAUGUGUGUAAUCUUUAAACUAUUUUGCAUUUUCCAUUCUGAAAUCCAUUUUAAUAAAACCAAUAUCAAAACAAAGUGCCUUGAGAACAACUGUACGGUCAGAGAUAUGCUGAUGAAGUAAGCAAUUAACGUUACUGCUUAUCUGGAGAGUUCCAUUUAUGCAGCACAGCCUCCACAAUUGGGUCACUGUGACCUAUGAAUGAGACUUGCCUGAUGAAAGUCUCCACAAUGAAAAAACCUGCAGUCUCUCAGAGAGUUAAGGAAGCACAGAAAGAUAUGUAUGUCUGAAACUUGUUAAAUACGUAUCUUUGCAGCACUCACAUGUCCUUCUUUUAACAAAUCUUUUCCAUUAGUUCUCAUUUCCUAUGUUGUAAGACACAAACUAUUGAUAGAACUUAAGUUUUAAUUAUUUAAUAUAUAUAUAUUUAAACUAUUCAAUAUAUAGAAAUUACUCUUCUCGGAUGAGACAAUCAUCUGUUUCCCCUUCUAACAACCAAGGCUUGGAAUCUCUGACACUGGUACUACAAGUGCCAGUCAACUAUAAGUUCAGUCUUCUGUUCAGCGCGCAAGAGAUGAGCCAUGAGUAGCAAGGAAACAGUCUUUGUUUUCUCUGGCACAAAGGAAAGCCUUGUAAGUUAUUCUAACUUGAAGCCCACUGCCAGCUUGCUCCACAAACCAUCUGACAACUGACAAUAUUGUAAUGUCUUCUGGUUUUCCUCUCUACCCUUCAAGGAUUUGGGAUGGCAUAAUCCACUCAGAAAGAGCUGCUGCUUUGGGCUGUCAUCCAGAAUUCCUGGGUGUGACACAGCUUGUGUCACUGCACUGUGUAAGUAGAUAGAUCACUAAGCAAGGCUAAGACCUGGUCAUCUCUCCCAGCCCCAUCAACCUCCAGUAACACAUAGACUCACACAGAGAAAGAUAAAAAAGGAAUGCAAGUGUUGAACAAACAGAAGGACAGUGGUAUGCUGGAGACCACUUGGAACACGAGCUGAGCGUGAACUCAUUGCAAGCACCAGGAUAACAUUUAACUGGUUUGAAUGGACUGAGCACAGGGCCCAAAAUGGCAAGUAGACCAACUCAAGGGUGGAGAGAGUAUUUCAGAGAAUACAAAAAAAACUAUAUGAACAUAUCUUUUCUAUUAAACUUUUUUUUUCUUCUCUGUUUUAACUAGAUUUACAUUUCAUGGAAUCUGAAAGCAGUCCCAGAUGCCACACUGCUAGUGCAAAUUUGCCUUACAUGACCCUUGUAUUUCAGUCUCCACCAACGCUAGAAAAUGCCCAGUUAUAGAAGUAUGUCUGCCUUUGCUCUCCUAGUGCCACUGUCAAGAUGACAUAGAUUGUGCUGAAAGUGAAUUUGCUGCCUUUGGGGACACCAUGAACUUCAUCUGCCUGAUAGAAGCAUCUCUCCUUCAGGCAUGUACCUCGAGAGGAGCCCCUCCCUGACCUCCCCAGGAAGCACAUGUCUGGAGUUGUGAUGGGUAGUGAGAAAUGGGGUCACUACCUCGAUAGGCUAAAGGUCACAGCAUGAACAUUGCCACCACGGGUAAAAGUAAUGGGAGCAGCUAGUCAAAAGCAUCAAUAAAAGCAAAAAUCUGACUCAGUAGAGAAAAUGAACUGUGAGCCAUUUUCUUUACAGCAUUUGCUCUGGGGGUUGCACAGAUAUGCCAACCAGGGUUUGCUCAUUAGAAGGCAGGUCUACAUUUGAGCUUGUUAGGAAUGCAGGA